ACGUGUAAUUUCUGUCAAGGUUCAUGUAAUUGUGGUAAGAGGGGGGAGAGUGGAGAAAAUGGCCAACACGGUUUUCCAAAAGUCAAUGGCCGUCGCUCAUGCUUCUCUUCCUCUAUUCUCUUCCCAACAACUCCACUCCAUCUCUCUCUCUGUCUCGUUGAGAAGCAUAGGAAUAGCAUAGCGUAGCCCAUCCAUCAUUUUUUGAGGUGUUGGAAAGAAAUUGCGGAACUUGAAGAAGAAGAACCUUAUCCAUCUCCAAUCCUACAUCAUGAGGAGAGGUGGAAACAAGAGAAACAACAAGAAGCUUAUGCAGGAGCAUCAUCAUCUGUGUUUUAGCUUCUAUACUCUCAUAUUUCUUCUCAACAUCAUACUUUCCUAUACAGCAGCGCCUGCUGCUGCUGCUACUGUUGUCGAGGACGACGUCCGAUGUCUCAAAGGUAUCAAAGCAAAUCUAACUGAUCCUCAAAACAGGCUAGACUGGAACUUCGACAACAACACCGUUGGCUUCAUCUGCCAAUUUGUUGGUGCCACCUGCUGGAAUGAAAGGGAGAACCGUCUGAUCGAUCUUCGUCUCCCCAGUAUGAGCCUCGGGGGCCACAUCCCUGAACCCCUACAGUACUGCCGUAGCAUCACCACCCUCGAUCUCUCCGAUAACUCCCUCACCGGCACCAUCCCUCCACGCAUCUGUGACUGGCUUCCCUACCUCGUCGUCCUCGAUCUCUCUAGCAAUGAUCUGUCCGGCCCCAUCCCUCCCGACCUCGUCAACUGCACCUUCCUUAACACCCUCCGCCUCGACAGCAACCGUCUUUCCGGUACCAUCCCUUACCAGCUUUCCCGCCUCCCCCGCCUCAAGCGGCUAUCUGUCUCCAAUAACCAACUCUCUGGCUCCAUCCCUCCCUUCCUCUCCAACUUCGACCCCAAUGAUUUCCUGGGCAACGACGGCCUCUGCGGCCGUCCGCUUGGAUCCAAGUGCGGGGGCCUCCGCAAGACUAGCCUCGUCAUCAUCAUCGCAGCCGGCAUCUUUGGGGCCGUUGUUUCUUUGGUCUUAGGGUUUGGCCUCUGGUGGUGGUGCUUUGUCCGUUCGAGUCGUGACAAGAAGCGGCGUCGACGUGGAGCUGCGAAUGAGAGUGAUUACAGUUGGGUGGAGAGACUGAGGUCCCACAGGUUCGUUCAGGUCUCCUUGUUCCAGAAACCGCUUGUGAAGAUCAAGCUGGCUGAUCUGAUGGCCGCCACAAAUGGCUUUGAUCCAGACAAUAUCAUUGCCUCGAACAGGAUGGGGACCACCUAUCGUGCUGUCCUUGCUGACGGAUCAGCCCUUGCGAUCAAGCGGCUCCAUGCCGGUUGCAAGCUCUCGGAGAAGCAGUUCUGCUCGGAGAUGAAUAAGCUAGGUCAGCAGCUGCGGCAUCCCAAUCUGGUGCCCCUUUUGGGUUACUGCAUCGCAGGAGAUGAGAAGCUCUUGGUAUACAAGCACAUGCCCAAUGGCACCCUUUCAUCCCUGCUCUACGUUAACAGUCAGCCAUUGGAUUGGCCUACCAGGCUGAAGAUCGGUAUUGGCGCGGCCAGGGGGCUCGCAUGGCUACACCAUGGCUUCCAACCGCCAUACCUGCAUGAGAACAUGAGUUCGAAUGUGAUCGUCCUUGACGAGGACUACGAGGCACGGAUCACAGAUUUCGGUCUUGCAAGGCUCAUGAGCUCUGCUGAUUCAGAGGGGAGUACUCUCAUCAAUGGUGAUUUUGGGGAUUUUGGGUAUGUCGCACCGGAGUACUCUAGCACUCUGGUCGCGUCACUGAAAGGGGAUAGUUAUGGGUUUGGUGUGGUUCUUCUGGAGUUGGCAACAGGACAGAAACCUCUUGAUAUCAGCAGCAGUGCAGAGGAAGAAGGAUUCAAGGGCAAUUUAGUAGACUGGGUCAAUCAGCUUUCAAGCGCUGGUCGGAUCAAGGACACCAUUGAUAAGUCGCUCUGUGGAAAGGGUCAUGAUGAUGAGAUUCUCGAGUUUCUUAGGGUUGCCUGUGGAUGCGUGGUGUCGAGGCCGAAGGACCGGUCUUCUAUGUAUCAGGUUUAUGAGUCAUUGAGGUCCAUUGGUGACAGCCACGAUUUCUCGGAACAGUUUGAUGAAUUCCCGCUUGUUUAUGGGAAACCUGAUCCGGAUCGUCAAGAAUAACUUUGUGGCUUGCGGACACUUUUCACACUCUUUCUUAUGCACCAUCUCUGUAUCUUUAUUCUAGGUUGUGAUGGAUGAGCUUGUUAACUAAGUGGAAGAAGGUCAUCCUAAAGUCUGAGGAAAAUGAUCCACCUCAGUGAAAGCAAGAGAGGAAGGCAAUUACUUUGACUUAGGAGAAGGCAACAGAUGAUGACAUGAUCACAUGGGUGGACAUUACCAAGAAAUGGAUGCACCAACAAAGAUACGAGGGAUGGACUUGCAAUGCAUUGAUGUUGACAGUGACAAACACUAAGAGAAAGAGAGACAACCUUUAAGAGAUUGAGCGAGGCUGAAAAGGACAUUGUUACCAACUUCCACUGCAGCAGAAGAAGCAUAAAGGCAAAUCUGGGCCGUGGAUCAACACUGCUGUCCAAGUUGGGGAUAAAAUUGUCUCCAAGCUAGGGGGAAUUAAUGUAUCCAAGCCAUCUACUCUGUCAGGACUCAGGACCUGGUUAGACCCAAAUGCAAACCAAAUGUAGAUCAUGCCCAUCCCAUUGUCCUGCAGAUCCAACACAUCAAAGGGUCUGUGUUGGAAGUUUGGGUCACAUCAAGAGUGUGGAAUUAUCUGAAGGAAGAGGACCAUAUAACAA